AUGUCCUCUCUGGAGAAGGAGCAGGUGCCCAAUUUACUUAUUAAUUGUUGUAAACCUUCCAAGACUGAAAGUGAACAACAGCAGGAGCAACCAGCCACGAGCAAAGGCUGUCACUCCGUCGACGCCCCCAUCUCCGGCGACGACCGAGGCGCAAAGAACGAAACCCUAUUGAUUUUCGCCGGCGGGGAGGAAUCGACAGUGAAGAAUCUGGAACCCUUGUUUUCAGUGAUGGAGAAAGUGAACUACAUGGGAGGGAGUGGGAAGGGGCAAUUCACGAAAUUGGCGAAUCAGGUGACAAUAGCGUCGACGAUGGUGGGGCUGGUGGAGGGAAUGGUGUAUGCGCACAAGGCGGGGUUGGAUGUAGGGUUGUACCUGGAGGCGAUUUCCACCGGCGCGACCGGUUCGAAGUUGCUGGACUUGUACGGAAAAAGGAUCUUAAAGAGAGAUUUUGAAGCGGGUUUGAUUUCCUGUGUAAUUGGGCAGAGCGGUGUGAUCUUCUUGCUGCCGGAUUUAUCGCGGGAAAGAUGA